CCAUAAGCCUAUGCUGCCAUUAAUUAAGACACCCCUUUCCUCAGGGGAGUUCAUCUAGGCACCUUUCCUCAUGGCUGCUUUUCAGCUCCUUCUGUGAAUAUCACGACCCGACCCCUGACCCCCCGCAAAAGGUCACUGAACUUCAAGGGUUUCGGCCUUUCAAAGAGAAAUAUGAUCCUUGCACGGUGUUCAGACCCAGGGUCCCCUGGUUUGAGUCGUGAAGACGAAGAACGAAGCCGGGCUUCAGGUGUGUAUUUACAAAAUAGGCAUUGGAGAAGAAACCCCAUGGUGGUUCAUGAGAUUAGUGGCUAGCUCUCGUUCACCUCCCCUGGCCUCAAAUACAAUGCUGAGCAUGCUGAGCAUGCUGAGCAUGCUCAGAUGAAGAGGAGCGAGCAAUACUUUGUGAUUUCAACGUUUGGCCUGCUUGCCGUUGGCUUCAUGGGUGUUGCUCGCCAUUUAGUGGCCCACUGCAAAGCACUGCGGAAGAACCUUCUCCAUCGCAUCAAUGCCAUCCGCUCUCCAUUCGCUCCUUGUGCCGAUCGAUGCUUACGGGAUCGCAUCUACAUGGAGAAGGUCCUUUUGCUUCGGAGCUUCUUCUGGUACUUUUCGUUUGUGUCCUUCUGCUUCAAUAUCAGCAUUUUGUACAACAUCUUGGCGGGCAAACCACGUUGGAUGACGAUGAAUGCGACUUGGGGGGUCGGCCUCAUCAUUGCUUUAGCCUACAUUCCCGUCAUUUUUCCGUUUGUGAUCAACCAGCGGACCUUGGACAUCACAUAUCUUGCCAACCAACUCGCUUUGACCUUGUGGCUGGGACCCUGGUGCAACCCAGCAGUGGACAAUUUGCUGAUGCUGAACGUCGCAAGCUUUUUGGUGUUGUCAGUUCCCGUCACAUGCAGCGCAAAGAGCCCCUCAGCAGUGGUUCUUGGCCAAUCCUCCACUCUGGCGCUCUGUGUGGGACGUGCGCUGACGGAUGACUUCCACGGUGAAAAACCUUCCAUGUCCAACCCUCGCACGCUGGUGAUAUUGGGUGUGUUGCUGGUGCCUUGUGCUUUGAUAGUGCAACAUGUAGCAACUACCUUCAUGAAGCAGAAUGCAGAGAUGCAAAUUCACGCAAGAGAUCUCGGCACUCAGUCAAGUGCUGUUUCCUCCCUCUUGGGCCUCACUUGUGACGCUGUGGUGGAGCUGGAUUCGGAGCUGAAGUUCGUCUCGGAGAGCGUUCAGCUGGCGACGAUGCUGCUACAUCGCCCGGGUGCUAGUAUGCAAGGAAUGAAGCUGACAGACUUCAUCGCUGCACCUGAUGUAGCAAGGGCCGAAGAGGUCUUGUCUCAGCAUCCGAGUGACGAUGUCACAGCACAUGCCUUCCACACUCACUUGGUCGACAGUUGUUCCAGCAAGUUCCGAACUGAAAUCUUUCAAGUGAGGUAUACCACCAUGAACGGAACACCACAUCAUCUGCUGGGCCUCCGGGAAUUCACGGACCUGAAGCCCUUGGCGCGGGCAGACGACCCGAACCCCGCCGGCAGUCCCGACUGGCAUGACGCCGGGGUGACCGGAGAGCCGACCGUUGGGAACGAGAUUGUAUUGGACUGCAGUUACAAGAGCCUGGAUUCUGUCAGCUUUCCACUGAUCCACUCGGAAUCCGAGGAGGAAACUCCAGUGACAGAGCAAGUGAGCAGUGGAGUCGUGGAAAAGCGUUUGGAGAUCACCAAAAAGGAUUCCUUCUUCAAUGUUGAUAUGAAAGAGCAAGUGGUUUGCGCGGCCUCCGCGCCCUUCUGUAGCCUAGUUGGCUUGAAGCUACACGCCAUCUUGGGUUCAAGCUUUGCAUCACGCAUGUUUCAGAAGUUAUGUGAAGAUGCACGAAGAUUUGCCAAGAGCCAAUCUGCUGGCGAAGAUGACCAAGUGCUGCCGGAUCAAGUGGCCAUGUUUUGGCGAAUGCCCUUGUUGUUGGGCGCACAGCUGGUGGAGAUCAGUGGUGUCAUGAAAGUGAUGCUCAGCCAAUCAGGCGACCUCCAAGUCAUCGUGUCCUUUGCUCGGGUGGAAAGUGCCUCAACGCGACCUCCUCAGUCACUGGAGAUGACGCCAACAACGACGCCGAAGCGGAACUGGUCGUUGUGAAAAGAACUGCUGCUCGUUGCUGGUCGUUUGGAAAGGUAACCUAUAACCCCCCAAAGUCAUGAUAUUUA